UCAUCCGUCAAACAGCUGUAACUUUCCUUUUAAACUAUUUUUACUUUAUCCUUGAUCGUACAAACACUUAUAACCUGUAAAUUCAUCAAAAUGAUCCUUAUAAACAUAAUCUAAAAUCGUGAUAAGAUAAGAAUCUCCUAUUUAUUUAGGAACCAGUACAACCCAUUUUUGUGUGUAAGGUUCUUCCAAGAUGCCUCACCUAAAGCAGACGAGUAAUCUUCUUAAACAGCUUCGAGCUUUGAUGCUCGAUACUAAAUACGUUUCCGAACCCAUCAACGCAUAUAUCGUGCCAUCAGCAGACGCCCAUAACAGCGAAUACUUAGCGGAGUGCGAUCAGAGAAGAGCAUUUAUUUCUGGAUUUACCGGUUCAGCUGGAACCGCGGUUAUAACUCAUAACGAUGCUUGUAUGUGGACCGAUGGAAGAUAUUAUCUUCAAGCUUCGCAAGAGAUGGAUUCAAACUGGACUUUGAUGAAAGAAGGAAUUCCAAGUACACCAACACAAGGAACAUGGCUUUCAAAAAAUCUUCCAUCCGGAUCAAGAGUAGGUGCAGAUCCAUAUCUUUUAUCCUACAACAAAUGGAUGCCAUUAAAAAAUCAAUUAGAAUCCGCCGGGCAUAAAUUAAUCCCAAUAACAACAAAUUUAAUCGAUCUUCUUUGGACCGAUCGCAAACCGAUGCCUUCAGCAGAGGUGAAACCUUUACCAAACAAAUAUACAGGAAAAACAAUCCAAGAAAAACUAAAAUUAGUCCAACAACAAAUGGUAGAUAAAAACGCGAGUUAUUUAGUUUUAACAUCCCUUGACGAAGUGGCUUAUUUCCUAAAUAUGAGAGGAAACGAUAUUUCUUACAACCCAGUUUUUUUUUCGUACGUUUUAAUCACCCAAACUGGAUUCACCAUAUUUAUAGAUCAAAAUAAAGUUACAAAAGACGUUAUCGACCAUUUAAACGUAGAGGCUGGAGUUACUAUUUACGAUAUUAAAAAUUAUACCGAAAUUGCUAACGUUUUGACGAAUAACGCGGAGAAAAUUGAGGGAUUUGUUUGGUUUUCCGAACAAGCGAGUUACGCUUUAACCAGUUUAAUACCGACGAAAAAUUUGUUAACCGAAUUAACGCCCAUUUCAACUAUGAAAGCGAUUAAAAAUCCCGUUGAAAUUGAGGGAAUGAAAAACGCCCACAUAAAAGAUGGGCUCGCUUUGUGUUGUUAUUUUUCUUGGUUGGAGAAAAAUGUUCAUACACGAACCAUAAGUGAAAUAUCGGGCGCUAAAAAAUUAAGAGAAUUUCGAGCUCAACAAGAACUCUUUGUUGGACCUAGUUUUGAUACAAUAAGUUCUGUUGGGCCUCACGGUGCGAUUAUUCAUUAUAAACCAGAACCUGAUACUGAUGUUACCAUUGAUCCAGAUGGUCUUUAUCUUUGCGAUUCUGGUGGUCAAUAUUUGGAUGGCACAACGGAUGUAACUCGUACUUUUCAUUAUGGAAAACCCACCGAAUUCGAAAAAGACUGCUACACAAGAGUUCUUAAAGGACAAAUUAAGAUGGCAACGAUGAUUUUUCCACAAAAAAUUAAAGGAAACUGUUUAGACUCAUUUGCUAGGCAAUAUCUUUGGUCGGUUGGUUUGGAUUAUGCCCACGGAACGGGACAUGGAAUUGGUUCGUAUUUGAACGUACACGAAGGCCCGAUGGGAAUUUCAUGGAAAAAUAUUCCCGACGAUCCUGGAUUAGAAGCUGGGAUGUUUCUUUCAAACGAACCCGGGUUUUAUCAAGACGGUAAAUUUGGUUUUCGGAUUGAAGAUAUUGUUUUGAUCGUUAAUGCGACGACUCCAAAUAAUUUUAAUAAUCGGGGAUUUUUGACUUUUGAAACGGUUACUUUAUGCCCGAUCCAAACAAAAAUGAUUAAAACUGAAAUGUUAACUGAGGAAGAAAUUAAACAUCUUAAUAGUUAUCAUCAGAGAUGCAGGGAUGUUUUAGGGCCACUUCUAAAGCAACAAGGGCAAACUGAAGCUGUGGAAUGGUUAUGGAAAGAAACUGAACCAAUAAAUAAAUAAUUUUAAUUGUAUUUGUUGACUUUGUAUGGAUUAUACACUAUUUGUAUUUUAAAAGAAAAAAAAAUAUGUAUACAAUUUAAUUUGA